AUGUCACUACUUUUCCGAGCCGCUCUUCGGGGAGCAUCUGGCUUCAGCUGCCGUUUCUAUGCAGCACAGAAUUCGGUGAAUCUGUUCAAGGCGAAAGUGCUCAAUGUGGUCAAAGCUCCGAUUCGUAAAUUUGGAAUUGACAUAUCGGGAAUGGAUGACAGACAGCGUAGGCGAGUUGGAUAUUGGCUGUUCCUUUGUGCUGGAAUGUGCUACGGAGCAGUAGCAGUUGGAGGACUGACAAGGUUAACUGAAUCUGGCCUAAGUAUGGUUAACUGGGACUUAUUCCGAUCAAUGAAGCCUCCUCUAACUCAGAAGGAAUGGGAGGAAGAAUUUGAACGGUACAAAAUGUAUCCGGAAUAUGCGUACAAGUCUUCUUCGGAGGAAAUGACUUUGUCACAGUUUAAAUUCAUUUGGCACAUGGAGUACGGUCACCGUAUGUGGGGACGCAUUACUGGUGUGAUAUUUCUGUUGCCUUGCAUUUAUUUUUGGGCACGUGGGUACUUUCCAGUCACUAUGAAGCGAAGAAUGGCGAUUGCUGCUGCAUUGAUGUUAGCCCAGGGAGGGAUUGGAUGGUGGAUGGUGAAAUCAGGUCUUGAUCCUUCGCAUAAUUCUGAAACUAGCGUUCCUCGAGUAUCUCAGUACAGACUCGCAACCCAUUUAACAAUCGCAUUCCUGCUUUAUUCCCUAUUCCUCUAUAACGGAAUCAGUCAUUUUAUUUCUCCACAAGCACAAAUUGCAAAAAUACCCAAAUUUGGGAUGUUCCGUGGACUGUCGCAUGCAUCCAAAGCACUGGUGUUCAUCACUGCAUUCUGGGGAGCCAUAGUGGCAGGUCUGGAUGCUGGAUUAGUGUAUAACUCGUGGCCCAAAUUUGCGGAGUCCUGGAUCCCGGAGAACAUGGGUUCACGUUCACCAUUGUGGAAGAAUUUCUUUGAAAAUGAUGUUACAACACAGUUUAUCCAUCGCAAUUUGGCGUAUCUGACAUUGUUGACGAUCACAGCCACAUGGCUUGUCGGGUGCCGUAUGGGAUUGCCUCGGCGCGCUAGAAUCGCGCUUCACUCCACAAUGGCUAUGGGUUAUUUACAGGCAGCACUUGGUAUCUAUGCACUGCUGUAUUAUGUCCCAGUAUGGCUCGGAUCGCUUCACCAGUGUGGCUCGAUGGCGCUUCUAUCGUUUGCGCUCUGGCUAACGAACGAACUUCGUCGCAUCCCCAAGUAA